AUGGAGAAGUUUUGGGCAGAGGUCGAACAGAGCCAGACGCAGAGCCAGGAGGAGACUGAAACCACAGCCACGAUCCCAUUUGAGACGACCGAUAUAUCCGGUAUCACUAUGGACGCACCCUCUGGAUCGGGUUCUAGCAGCAGCAUUGGCUUUAGGUUGCAUAUCGCUACGGAUCUUCACCUGGAAAAUAAAUUGGAACCGGUCAGAGUCGUGGCGGGCCAAGACAGGAGUGAAAACAUUGGCAAUUACAUCUCCGUGGCCAGACGGCGGGGUCUGCCGCAGUUGAAUCUGCAGCAGACCGAAACGUACAUCUUCGAGCUACCAACAAGCUCCAACCAGUCUCCCGAGCCUGAAAUGGCGGAUGCCAAGGAUACCAAUAUACACACCAUUCAGGUGAACCCGCCCAUCCCUCAGAAUACGGAGCUUGAGACGGUGGCUCCCGAGUCUGUUGACUGUUCCCUGCUGACAGUCUCGCAGCCCAGGUUGAAUAGUAUUAAAGAUCGUAUCCUGCUCUUUGAGCGGACAUGCCUUCCACCAUCCGUGUCUACCGAGCCGGCCACUUCCGUAUGGCUGGGCGCGGAAAUACAGGAGAAUAGUGCCACAACCCCACUGACUCCGUCGAUCAAUAUGGUCGAAUUGAACUCCGACAGAAUCGGUGCUGGUUGCUGUACCGUUGAGCCGUCCCAGGUGCUGGUGGAGCACAUGCAGCGCAAGGCGGAUGCGGAGGUGGAGGCCCACAGCGGCUGCCACCAGAUGGAAGAAGCUCAGCACUUGGAGCAGCCAAACCCCACUUUGGACCAAGAAAUCGACCUCAUGAUCGAGCGCGCUUUGAACGAGGCCAACAAGGAUCGAUUCAACAAGCUGGUUCAGUACCAGUAUGACGAGAGACUGCGUAUGCAAGUAGAGUUUGAUCGCCAGCAGAAGUUCCUCAUCAAACAGAUUUGCGCGGAAAUAGAGCUGCCGUUCGCACCGCUGUCGGAGCAUACCAGUACCCGGUCUCUGCAGCAGCACCUGGCCAGCAGCUCACAGGCCAUGAGCCCAUUAGCAAUAGCAUGGCUACCACAAGUGGCGCUGAUUCGGCCUAUCUUGUACCUAUGGCGGACAGCUACACCCCCAGUCACCCUCUCCUCAAGUGCCUUUUUGGGACAGGCCAAGGGGUUCUCAAGAACUCUGAGCACGAGUCGAAGUCACUGUCCGGGACUAGUGCUGCAAGCACGGGGCGAUGCGGCCAGAUGCCACCUCGCAAAACCAACCUGA